AUGUUAGUAAAAGCCUCUCCCAUGUACAAUAUAGUCAAACGAAGAUUUUUUACCAUUGAUUUUGUGGCUGCCUCGGAAAAAGGGAUACAAAUCCUGCAAAGUCCAGCACAGCUGUGGCUGACUUCUGGCCAGACUGCAAAGCUGGACUGUAGAAUAUCAGAAGAAGAAUGGCGAGUUCUGUGGUACAAGGAACAACAGAAUGGAAGUUUGCAUGGGAUUCAUCAGAGUUCUGAGUUUUUACCUUCAGAUGGAAAAUACUCGAGUAAAGUGAACACUGCGGCAAAGACAUUUUCUCUACUUAUCAGUAACGUACAAAGAGACGACUCAGGGGUUUAUUACUGUGGCCUCUCUGCCUCUCUGUAUCGACAGCCCAACUUUGGGAAUGGGACCAGACUAAUUGUCACAGCUUUAAGCCUUCGGUCUUUCCGAACUCUAUUUUGGGUGACUCAACUCUCUUUAGAUGCCUCUGAGCCGAGACUUUCCAUCCUGGUGCUCUCUGUCCCAGAGGAUGCUGAGCUUCCCCGCGUCAUUCCUCUGCUCUGCCUGCUCUCUGAUUUCACUCCUCCCUGGAGUGCUGUUCUCUGGGGCACUGGUGAGGAGGUGUCUGAAGGUCAGAUGGAUGCUGGAGCCAUAGACGGGAACGGGGUCUUUAGUGUUUGGAGCCUAACGACAAUCCCGUCUGAGACGUGGAACCAGGAGACGACCUGCAAUUGCACAGCCAAGGAGAGCAGCACGGGGAGAAGCAUCAGUGCUACAGUCUCCAAGGAAACAGAUGAGGCCAGGAAAGAAAACUGCAAUUUUGUGUUAUAUGUUGGGCUGUCUUGUAUUUUCAUCCUUGUCAUCAUCCAGCUGCUGAUCCUGCUCUUCAGAAAGUGUCCCUCCAGAGCAGGGAGAGCUUUGCAAACUGGGAAUCAAAUACCUAUGAGGCACAUUCCACAGACCGAGUAUGCAGCUGUGAGGUACAAUAAAUGAAAAGUGCCUUUUUAAACUGACAUGGUCUGACAAAAUUAUUUAUAGGAUUUUAAAAAAGCUAUGCAUGAGGGAAAAAUGAAAGUGAAAGAAUUUCUGAGUCUAAUGUCUGCACUUUACUAAUUACUAAAACGUGAGGUGGCUGGGCUUAAAAUACAACUUGUUAUAGACUCAUAGACUUUAAGGUCAGAAGGGACCAUUAUGAUCUUCUAGUCUGACCUCCUACACAAUGCAGGCCACAGAAUCUCACCCACCCACUCCUGUAACA